AUGAGAGCUGCCAGGAAGCUGAAGAGCGACCGAAAGGCUCUGCCACUCCUUGCAGACAGAUUUAGCACAGGAAGCACAACCGCCAGCGAAAAUGAACAGCUCGAAGAUGUGCAACUCGAAUAUAUGCAGGAGUCACAGCCACCAAAGGCACCACCACGGGUGAAUUCUUUGCCACGUAUCGAGGUUGCUGGAGACAAGGACUCGAGGCCCUUCUACCGCGGUUCACUGGCUGCUGACCUCCAAAGGCUGCAACGAGAGGCGCUGGACAGCACAGAAUCUUGUGAGCCACAGCCUAGGCAGGUCUUGCCCCGCAAAUUGCCGUCACUUCAUGUGUUUGGCGCUGCGGAAGAACAAGCGGAAUUGGAGGGUAUCCUUGCCGCCGCGCUGGUGAAGUGA